AUGCAGGGUCCAGACUACUGUCUCACCCGGUCCUCCCUCACUCUGUCCUGUCUCACCCUGUCCUGUCUCACCCUGUCCUCCCUCACUCUGUCCUGUCUCACCCUGUCCUGGCUCACCCUGUCCUGCCUCACCCUGUCCUGUCUCACCCUGUCCUGCCUCACCCUGUCCUGCCUCACCCUGUCCUGCCUCACCCUGUCCUGCCUCGCCCUGUCCUGCCUCACCCUGUCCUGCCUCACCCUGUCCUGCCUCACCCUGUCCUGCCUCACACUGUCCUGCCUCACCCUGUCCUGUCUCACACUGUCCUGCCUCACCCUGUCCUGGCUCACCCUGUUCUGGCUCACUCUGUCCUGUCUCACUCUGUCCUGUCUCACCCUGUCCUGCCUCACCCUGUCCUGCCUCACACUGUCCUGCCUCACCCUGUCCUGUCUCACACUGUCCUGCCUCACCCUGUCCUGUCUCACCCUGUCCUGGCUCACCCUGUCCUGUCUCACCCUGUCCUGCCUCACCCUGUCCUGCCUCACCCUGUCCUGCCUCACCCUGUCCUGCCUCACCCUGUCCUGCCUCACCCUGUCCUGUCUCACACUGUCCUGCCUCACCCUGUCCUGCCUCACCCUGUCCUGCCUCACACUGUCCUGCCUCACCCUGUCCUGUCUCACACUGUCCUGCCUCACCCUGUCCUGCCUCACCCUGUCCUGCCUCACCCUGUUCUGGCUCACCCUGUCCUGUCUGAGACAUACAGAUAGCCCACCUGAGACAUACAGAAAGCCCACCUGA